AUGGGUUAUUUUUUCAGGGGCAGGGAGGAGGAAUGUCUAUUGGGUAAGGAGAGGGAGAAGGAGACGGAGAGGGAAGAGGAGACGGAGAGGGAAGAGGAGACGGAGAGGGAAGAGGAGACGGAGAGGGAAGAGGAGACGGAGAGGGAAGAGGAGACGGAGAGGGAAGAGGAGACGGAGAGGGAAGAGGACAGAGUUGUGGUUGAUGGAGAUGAAGAUGAAGAUGGGUUUUGA